AUGGCAUGGUCGUUCGUUGUCCUCCUUUUCUUCGCAACAGCUUUAAUCGACAGCGCGAUUCAAGCCCUCCAUAUUCCAAUACAAGGAACGCGAGCAUCCGUUUCUAACUUUCGGCGACAGGCUGGUUCUCUCCGACCGGGUACACUAGCGUUGGUGAAUUCCGGUGACAUUAGCUAUUACGCAGAGAUAGUUUUAGGGAACCAGAGUUUCCGGGUGUUGGUUGAUACUGGAAGUUCCGAUCUUUGGGUGUCAGGGAGUGUUUUGAAGAGCAUUGACACCGGAAAAGAUGCAGCCAUCCAAUACGCAGCCAACAAAGUUGAAGGAUCUAUCAAGCAAGCUACCUUAGAGUUUGCUGGACAUGUCGUCCCCGAUCAGGCUUUUCUGGAAAUACCUUCAAAUUCCGUGAAUAAGGAAGGCCAAGGAAUCUUAGGUCUGGGACCCGGCUCAAGCUCUUUUAUAUCAGAUCAAAUUGGCCUACCAGGUGGAGCACCGGCCUUGGAUCGUAUAUUCGCUCAAAACCGCUCUUCACCCAAUUACUUUACCAUUCUCCUCGGACGUUCAGAUCCAACUGAUUCUUUCAAUGGGAGUAUCACCGUCAGCGAGGUUCUCGAAGAUUAUAAAGCGAUCCUGAACGAACCCAAGCUAAAUAUUACAACAGUCCCUGCCAAUAUGAUCGAAGACCAGCAUUUACAAGUCCUACUUGACGCUGAUGGCCUCAUUGGCCCAGACGGACAUCCGAUUCGUUUUGAGUCCAAUGUCACGCAGACCGAGAAUAGAAAGCAGGCAACCGUAGUUUUCGACUGUGGGUUUACACUGCCUCAGGUUACUCGUUCGAUAGCAGAAGCUAUAUACGGCAAAUUUGUCGGCUCAAAAUUCACUCAAUUGCCUGGUCUAGGCGGUGUUUGGGUGUUGCCCUGUGAACAGGAGGUGAAUAUUACAUUUUCUUUCGGGGGAAAAUUAUAUCCAAUACAUCCUUUGGACAUGUCAUUUGAACCUUCGGUAGUCAAUUUAACAGACUUUCAAACAACGUCGGGAGAAAGGGGAUGUAUCGGGACAUUCCAACCAUUUACUUACGACCGAGGGAGUAAUCCGACCUACGACAUGGUUCUUGGAAUGGCAUUCAUGCGCAAUGUUUAUUCUUUAUUUGAUUACGGAGAUUUUAUUCAGAAUUCAACUUUACUCGAAACGGCGUAUGUUCAGUUGCACUCAUUAACUGAUCCAGCAGAAGCGCAUGCGGACUUUGUGUCCGUCCGCUUGGGAGGUGUCGACACGACUGGAGAUCGAGUUCUUAAAGACGACAAUGACGCUCGGAAGAAAUCCAUCUACUAUGUCAUUGCUAUCGUGGCAGUAGUCGCUAUUCUGACUAUUGCUGUUGUGGUUUAUUUUUGGCGUAGACGACGGCGAGGCAUUCGAUAG